AUGGAAACCCCACUUGAUCCAGAGAAAUUCUAUGGAGAGGUCCUCAAGGCGAACGGAAUUGACCGCUCCUUUGGCGUCCCCGACUCAACUCUGAGUCCUUUCUUGAGCUACCUGGCAGCUGUGAAAUGCACGCGCAAGCAUGUUACGGUGGCAAGCGAGGGCGCCGCGGUGGCCCUGGCCGCCGGCUACUAUCUGUCUACUGGCAAUCUAGCCCUAGUCUACAUGCAAAACUCUGGCUACUCAAAUGCACUAAACCCUCUACAAUCUUUGGUGGCCAAGGAGGUGUUCGGCAUCCCCAUGCUUCUGAUGAUCGGUUGGCGUGGACGGCCCGGCGAGAAGGACGAACCGCAACAUAACCUCAUCGGCCCCAAUAUCCUGAAGAAUCUCGAAGCCAACAAUAUUCCGUACGAGAUCCUCCCGGAAGGCUUAUCUCUGGCUCGGAGUUCAGUCGGGCGCCUCGUAGCCAGAGCAAAGCAAGGCAACACCCCCGUCGCGUUGCUCGUUCGCGCAAAGUCUUUUGCCGCAUACACAGGCCCCGUGGUGGCCCGUUGGGCGUCCGCGGCCGCGACCCAGUCGAAGACAGUCAAGUGGCUAUCGUCAUCGACUGAAAAGCCGGUCCUGUCAAGAGAGAGCACGAUCGAGAGCAUAUUGGGGGCGCUGAAGUCCAAUGAUAUCUCCGUCUCGUCUCUUGGGGGCAACAGCCGCGAGCUGUGGAUGCUGCGAAAGAACAAAGGCCAAAGCAUCGCUCGCAAUUUCUUCUGCAUCGGAGCGAUGGGCCACACUUACGCUCUCGCCCACGGGGUGUCGAAUGGCUGCCGGGCCAACCGAGUCGUGUGCAUAGAUGGCGAUGGUUCCUUCAUGAUGCACCUAGGCAACAAUGCGAUUCUCGCCCCCCUGCUGGAGCAGAGAGUCGUCCAUGUGGUGAUCUACAACGGGAUGCAUAGCUCGACCGGAAACCAGCCGCUGAUGAUCGGACGAGGAGACCUUCUGGCCCUCGUUGAAGGCCUACCGUACGAAAGGAAGUUCAUUGUAGAUACGGCAGACGGAGUGACAAAGGCGCUUCGGUCCGUUGAUCGAAGCGCUCUAAUCCUCGUCCCCGUCAAUGGCGAUGAGCGCAAGUCGUUGCCUCGCCCGACUGAGACGCCGACAGAGCAGAAGGAUGCGUUCAUGAAGUCUUUUGGGUCGAAUAGCAAGCUAUAA